CCUGGACCCCACCCCCACGCCCACCCCGGGGCAGGGGCAGCCUCAGGCUCCUUUCACCUGGUCAGAUACCAGGGUGCAGAGGGCUGAGGGUGUGAACAGAGGAGACCCCCGCCUCUCUGCUCAGGGCACAGCCCCGCCCAGGGCCCACGUCCUGGUGCCACGGCAUCCUCCCGGCCCCGAAGGGGGAGGCAGGAGUUUUGAGCACAGCCUUGAGGUGGGAACAGGCCACUGACAUGCCAUCCCAGGGGUCUGCUUGCACCUGCCACCAGCCCCCUCACUCCACACUCCCAGCCCCUCCAGGAGACAAGAGGACCAGCCACCACCCUGUGUCGGCCCCUGACCUGAGCCAGUCUCUGGGGAGAGGCCAGGCCCCCAUCCCAUCUCCCCAACCUUCCAAGGAGGAGCUGCGGUCUCCCAGCACUCAGGGACAGCUGAUGGGGACAGGUAACCUCAGGUGUCAGGAUGGGCAAGGUAACCUCAGGUGGCAGGAUGGGACAGGUAAGCACAGGUGUCAGGAUGGGACAGGUAAGCACAGGUGGCAGGAUGGGACAGGUAAGCACAGGUGUCAGGAUGGGACAGGUAACCUCAGGUGUCAGGAUGGGGACAGGUAACCACAGGUGGCAGGAUGGGACAGGUAAGCACAGGUGUCAGGAUGGGACAGGUAACCUCAGGUGUCAGGAUGGGACAGGUAACCUCAGGUGUCAGAUGGGACAGGUAACCUCAGGUGGCAGGAUGGGACAGGUAAGCACAGGUGGCGGGUGAGACAGGUAACCUCAGGUGUCAGGAUGGGACAGGUAACCUCAGGUGGCAGGAUGGGACAGGUAAGCACAAGUGGCAGGAUGGGACAGGUAGGCACAGGUGGCGGGUGAGACAGGUAGCUGCAGCCGGGUCUCUGGCCCUGAGUGCCAGGCAGUCCCGUGGGGUCUGCUGUGUGGCCGUGUCACUGGCGAAGCUGUGGGGAAGAACCGGCUGCAGCCGGGGCCCAGUGGGGUCCGUGCCACCUCCCGGGCCGAGUCCCCCUCCAGCUCACAGGACCUGGCCCGGGGAGCCACCUACCCGGGCGGGGACAGGCGGGAGGGUGGGAGACAGGCCCACAGAGGCCCAGGGCCCACCCGUCCUCCGCAUGGGACAGGUCCCUGUUCUCCCCACUGGAAAGGGUAAGUGACAGGGGAGCGGAAGGAGCCCCUUCUCCCCCAGAGGGCUGGGCCUGCUGUGGGACAGCAGGGACGGGACGUGGCCGGGGCGGGGGGUGGAGGACGGUCCUGGGGUCCCAACCCCUGACAUGGCCACACGGUGUGGCCAAGCUGGAGGGCUCAGGCCCCGAGCCCACUGGCAACAGCCCCUUGUGGGAUGUCGAGGAAAGGCCUGGAAGAAUUAAGAGUUGCCUUAAGGUGACAACCUGCCACACCCCUGAGAGUUGUCCCUCUGCGGUCCCUCCGCUCACUAGACACGGGUGGUGUGUCCUGCGUCACCUUUGACUUUAAGUCAAGACUGUUCCAGGAGUCGAGGCCACCACCGGCAACAGGGAGCCGGGGCUCGGCCCUCCCCCCUGGCCCGCAGGGACCUGGCCGUGGUCUUUCUGCCGAGAGUCUUAGGCAGGCAAGGGAGGCAGGAAUGGGAGAGGAGCCUCUUUCUGUCUCCCUGUCACCCGCCCAGCCUUGGCUGCCCAGUGUCCCCUGGCAUGGGGUGGGGCGGGGACCCCAAGCCCCCCACUCAGAUGUCGCCGUGGUUGCAGGGCUGUCCGGACAGAGCGAGCAGCACAAACCUGCCAGCCCUGCCGGGCCCCGGCGGGCUGCGCUUUGCCGACCAUGGAGUCUGGAGAAGCGGGGCAGCACCUGGUGUCCCCUGACAGCACCCAGGAGGACGUGACUUUCAACCUCGUCAUCCUGGCCCUCACAGAGGGGCUCAGCCUGGGCGGGCUGCUGGGCAACGGCGUGGUCCUCUGGCUGCUGAGCUGCCACGUCUGCGGAAACCCCUUCGCCAUCUACCUGCUGGAUCUUGCCUGCGCCGACCUCGUCUUCCUCGCCUGCCACAUGGUGGCCGUGGUCCCCGACCUGCUGCGGGGACAGCUGCACUUCCCGGGCCUGGUGCAGACCAGCCUGGCCACCCUGAGGUUCUUCUGCUACAUCGUGGGCCUGGGGCUCCUGGCGGCCGUCAGCGUGGAGCAGUGCCUGGCCACCCUCUUCCCCGCCUGGUACCCCUGCCGCCGCCCGCGCCACCUCACCACCUGCGUGUGCGCCCUCACCUGGGCCCUGGGGCUGCUGCUGCACCUGCUGCUCAGCGGCGCCUGCACCCAGCUCUUCGGGGACCCCAGCCGCCACGUGUGCAGGACGCUGUGGCUGGUGGCGGCCGCGCUGCUGGCGGUCCUGUGCUGUGCCGUGUGCGGGGCCAGCCUGCUCCUGCUGCUGCGGGUGGAGCGUGGCCCGCAGCGGCCCCAGCCGCGGGGCUUCUCCGCCCUGGUGCUGCUCGCCGCGCUCCUCUUCCUCUUCCUCGGCCUGCCCUUCGGCAUCUACUGGCUGAGCCGGAACCUGCACUGGCACAUCCCCCACUACUUCUACCACUUCAGCUUCCUCACCGCCGGCCUGCACAGCGCCGCCAAGCCCGCCGCCUACUUCUGCCUGGGCAGCGCCCGGGGCCGCAGGCUGCGCGAGCCCCUCCGCCUGGUCCUCCGGCGGGCGCUGGGGGACGAGGCCGAGCUGGGGGCCGGGAGGGAGACGUCCCGCCGGGGCCUCGUGGACAUCACGGCCUGAGCCCUGGGGUCCUGCCCCCAGCUCCAGCCCGCCGUGGGGGAGGGGCGGGACCAGAAGCAGGGCCAGCAAGACCCCAGAGGCCCUCGCUGGCGACCUGGUCGUGGGACGCAGGAGGCUCACCUGGGAGGCCACGGGAGGGCAGGGCCCGGGCUCACCCAGGCAGGUGCGACGGGUGUCCUGGGAACACGCGUUUUGAGGAAACCUCCCUAAGGGCUCUCGUCCCACAGAGACUCCCCGACACCCGUCCAGUUGCAGCGAGGA